AUGCUGCAGGACAGUAAGACAAAGAUCGACAUCAUCCGUAUGCAGAUCCGUAAAGCUAUGCAGGCCACCGAACAGACAGAUGACACUCAGGGUAUGUCUCACUGCUACAGACAAGCGAUGUUCUUCAACCCUGUGAUAGAGCGAGGUCCACGUCUACAGCGGCAGAGGAAGGUGUUUUCCAAACAGCAGGGUAAAGCCUUCCUGCGCGCUAAACAGAUGAACGUGGACAUGGCGACGUGGGUUCGUCUGCUGAAGAAUGUCAUUCCCAUGAGCUCCUCCACACACAGCUACACACAACACACCAACACACACCACAGCAGCGAGAUUUCCAUCCAGAAGAUUCAGCUGGACGGCGACUCUCCUCCAUCUGUGACGAGAAAAAACACACAGACGUCAAGCACGGUGCUGCUGUCUGAAUACAAACGCUCGGGAAAGGUGUACGCCAUCAAAGCACUGAAGAAAGGGGACAUUGUGGCACGAGACGAGGUGGAAAGUUUGAUGUGCGAGAAGCGAAUCUUUGAGACGGUGAACAGCACACAGCACCCGUUCCUGGUCAAUCUGUUUGCAUGUUUUCAGACGCCAGAACACGUGUGUUUUGUCAUGGAGUACACGGCUGGCGGAGACCUGAUGAUGCACAUCCACGCUGACGUCUUCUCUGAAACACGCUCUGUAGAUCUGAAGCUGGAUAACCUGCUGCUGGAUACUGAAGGUUAUGUGAAGAUUGCAGACUUCGGUCUCUGUAAAGAGGGUAAGUCACAGACUGUACCUGCUGUAAUGAUAUUGAUGGAGUUAAUGGAGGAAGAGCAUGAUAUUUGUUCACUGCUGGAUCGGAGUGAUCUGGGAAUGACAGGCUGUGCUGCUGACUGCCUAUUAUUUUUUAAUAACUCUACCUCGCCAUUCCCAGGUGAUGAUGAGGAGGAGGUGUUCAACAGCAUUGUGAAUGAUGAAGAACGUUACCCAAGAUUCCUCUCCACCGAGGCCAUUGGCAUCAUGAGACGGCUGCUGAGGCGUAAUCCUGAGAGACGACUGGGCUCCAGUGAAAGAGACGCAGAGGACAUCAAGAAACAACCCUUCUUUAGAAAUAUGGACUGGGAGGCGCUUCUGCAGCGGCGAGUUCCUCCUCCUUUCGUUCCUGCAGUGAAGGGAAAAGAAGACGUCAGUAACUUUGACGCCGAGUUUACGAAUGAAGCACAAACGUUGACGCCUCCUCGUGAGCGCCGGACCCUUUCGCGCAAAGACCAGGACUACUUCAGGGACUUUGACUACGUCUCUGACUUCUGCUAGGGCACGAGUGUGCAUACUGCAGCUGCUAUGUGUGGGAGAUGUGGACCAUUGUAACGACCUAUCAGUUGUUGCAUCCUAGUCCACAUCUAGGCUGCUUGGCGUGAGGACUGACGCUUCCUCAGAGGCUUCCUGUCAAUGGAACAUGGGUUUGUUCAACAUGAAAACCAUAAUAAAGGGUUUGACAUCUCCUGACUGCCUAUAAGAGUGACUGGAGCGUGAGGAAAUUACUCCAUCUGACUGUAGGAGGUACAUCGAACAUGAAGAGAUUCAAGAAUCCACAUAAUGUGAAGCUCUGAAAGCCGGUUCUCUUGUCCUGUUUGCAAAGUCUUUCAUGACAUUACCCUUAGCACCAGAUGCUAAUGAAGUCAUGAAUCUUGUGAAUAGAGUGCUGCAGGGAUGACGUAUUUUUGUAAGCCAAAACCAGGAAACGCCUUUUAGCACAUCCGGUUUCAUCAUCCUGAUUUUUUUAUGGGUUUUUGGGUUAAUUGGUCUGUGUUUAACACAAGCUCAAGAUAUUUUCACAUUUUAUUCAACGACAUAAAAUACAUCAAUAAUACUCCCUUGUCUUGAAAACGUCUGUUGCUAACAAAUGGCUAAAUGGGACUUCAGAGGUGUAGUUUCCAAGAAGUAUAAGGAUAUAUAUCGCUCUCUUGCCAACUGUUUUGAAAUAAAUGUUUUGAAAGAGCUGUCAUAAGCUUACUGGUGGUGUAGUUUGUUUAUAGCCUACGUUGAGCUUUUUAUUUUCUAGUGUUUUGUAUUUGGCCUUCAUAAAAGAUUUAUUUUAUUUGUGAGGAUUAUCGUGAUGAACAAAACAUGUAAGAAUCAUAAACUUUUG